AUGGCAAUGUAUUGUGCUGUUGUCAUAACACUGUUGAAACUUAUUGAUCAUUGUACACUUUUUGAGAAAACGGAAACAAAAGUCAUACAAAUUAAUGAACUGAACGCUAAAGAUGAUAAACUACCAUCGCCAUGUUCUCCGCAUUCAACUGUCCCUCCAACAAAUAUUCCCUGUAUAUUUUCUUCGUCAAAGAAAUACGGGCAUUUUUUCCAGCCAUUAAUAAGUGCUGAAUGCUCGUACAAUUUAAAACUGGGCGAAAAACAUUCGUUUGAAUGCAAAAUCGUUAGCUCUCAAAACUACAAUAAAAAAUCAAAAGUACGUUUUCAAAUGAGUAGUAAAAAUAAUGUAUUUGUAGUUGACGAAGAAUUAUGGAUUUCAAGUCCAAAAAUGACCAACGCCAUAAAAGGAAUUGUUACGAACUUCGACCAGUUCAUGAGCGUUGUUGAUGUAGAAGUAAAUUUUUCAAUCGACUUGCCAAUUGGGACACCGGCAACUUUAAAAAAGUCAUUUGAUAAAACCCCUUACACUCGGAUGGAAGCGGCACUUGCUACUUUUUCUUACAAGUACGAAUCUGUUUCACCUGAAGUAAGAUCAAUGUUGCUCGGGCGUCAACAACAACAUUCAUCCGAACGUGACGAAAAUCUGACAGAUAACAGCCUAUUAGCUCCCAAUUUACCUGGUUUAAAUGAGUCACAGCUGUCUGCUGUGAGCCAUGCACUACGCACGCCAGUUUCUCUAAUCCAAGGGCCUCCCGGUACUGGAAAAACGGUUACUUGUGCCAAUAUUGUAUACAAUCUGUCCAAGUCCGGAACCGUAUUAGUUUGCGCACCGUCGAACAACGCUGUUGAUAACUUGGCAAGUGCCAUGGCCAAAACAGGCAUCGAUGUCGUGAGACUUGUAAAAAAAACGAAAGAGACGGUUAAAAGUGAUCUUUCAAAUAUAUAUCUUAGUGAACAAAUUAAAAAGCUUGCUGGUCAUUCAGAAUUUAAAACUCUUCAAGGGCAGAUUGAUCAAGGUGUCGAGUUGAGCCCAAAUGAGAGAAGGGACUACAAUUAUCUGAGAAGAAUGGCGGAAAUCGACUGUCUAGCGAAUUGUCGAGUGGUGUGCACAACUUGCUCCGGCGCCGGCGACAACCGUUUAGAAAAAAUCAAUUUUUCUUCGGUGGUCGUGGAUGAAUGCGCUCAAGGCUUAGAACCGGAAUGCAUCAUUCCAAUCACCCACGGAGCCAAAAAAGUGGUGUUAAUAGGUGACCACUUAUGUAUGGUUAGUCCUUCUGUGACAUCUCUAAAUAGCAUGUAUAGUUAA